AUGUCUGCAGCGUCCACAGAGGCUCUUCCCUUGGACGACCGUUCCAGUGACCUUAAGAUUUCCGUCGUCACUUUGCUUGUUUUUAGUUCGAUAUUCGUUGGCUUACGUCUUUACGUAAGCUGGAGAAAUCGUAACUUCUUCCAGGCGACUGAUCAUUUCCUUUGGACGGGACAUCUUCUAGCCGUGAGUGCUGCAACCCUCACAUAUAAAACGGCCGACGUCGGUGCAGGUAAACAUGUUUGGGAUCCAUCAGAAUCUCCAGAGAAUUUAGAGAAAUACCUCAAAUGGCUUUGGUUCAGUCAACUAUUCAACCUUUACGGUAUGGCAUUGAUUAAGCUCAGCAUCUGUGCCUACAUUUUGAUGCUAGACUUCACCAAAGCAUAUCGCAUCAUCAUCUGGAUGUCUGUAGUCGUUCAUGUUGGCAUGAAUUUCGUAUUUCCUUCUGUCAUUCUAUUUGGGGAGUGCCGACCUAUCUACAAGCACUGGGACGUCGCAGGCUCCCAGCCGGGCAGCUGCUGGGGUGACAAGCCUAGGGUUAUCUCAGGUUACUCAGGUGCUGCGACAAACAUUCUUACCGACAUGAUCUAUACCGUCGCCCCGUUAGUUUAUAUCUCCCGCGUACAGCUCCCCAAGGCAACGCUUUGGGGUGUCCGUGCAGUUUUCCUGCUUGGUCUCCUUACAACAUCUAUAUCCGCCUUGAAGCUCUACGAGAUGAAGUCCUUGAACGCAUCCACAGACCCUACAUACACAUCCGUCAACCUUUCUAUCUUCGCCGUGUCGGAAGUCUUCGUCGGUGCAUUUACCGCUUCCCUGCCUCCCCUCCGUAAAACUUUCGAAACACUGCUGCGCCGUGUCCUUCCAGAGAGUGUCUUGGGGUCUGCAGCACGAAGCAGGAAGUCAGUGAGUCGGAAGUCGGUGGGCAAAGGCAUCGGAAACAGCUACCAAAUGAAAGAGGUGGGCAACGAUUAUGUUUUGAACGGCAACGCUAUGGGAAAACACAUCAGGCCGAAGCAUGACCUAGACAACGAUAGCGAGCACUCCAUGCUCGAUGCGCAACGGAGUGCCGGGGGGAAAGAUGGUGUUGGGUCCAUCACGUGCACAACGGAGAUUAGCGUAUCGGGUGACGACAAACGAAGCGUUGUGGAUCAAGGACACGAAUGGGUUUGAUAUUGCAGAAUAUUUACAGGAGCUGAAUCACACUGA